UAACGUUUCGGUUAUUAUCUGAAAACAGGAGGCCCGUGACAGCUAGAUGUUAGCAACUUCGAAGAGGUUGUACGGGAUAAAAUCCACUCCCAUCUUCAUUAAAGAAAGAAAAAAUGAAAAUCAAACUUACAAGAGCAUAAUAUACAGACUUUAAGCUUUUGUCCAAGGCUAAUAUUGUGAUAUUUUAGUGAUUGGUACAAUUGAAAAGUAAUGGUGAAAAUUGAACUGUGUCGGAGGAUCCAGGAAUUCGGGUCGGUUGGAGUAGCGUAAAGCAGAAAGGAUUGUCAACAGCUUUUUGUUAAACUGCGUGAUUUUUUUUUGUUAGGUGACAAGUUUUCAGAUCUGAGGAAUUCAUAUUAUCUUAAAUAAUUAUACUGCUAGCUAAGUGUCACCACAGCAAUGGAGCUCCGAGUGGGCAACCGAUACAGACUGGGCAGAAAAAUUGGAAGUGGAUCAUUUGGUGACAUUUAUUUGGGAACAGACAUCUCUGUUGGGGAGGAAGUGGCCAUCAAGCUGGAAUGUGUAAAGACCAAACAUCCUCAGCUCCACAUUGAGAGCAAGAUCUACAAGAUGAUGCAAGGAGGAGUCGGUAUCCCCACCAUAAAGUGGUGUGGUGCAGAGGGAGACUAUAACGUUAUGGUCAUGGAGCUGCUUGGGCCCAGUCUGGAAGACCUCUUCAAUUUCUGCUCCAGGAAAUUUAGCCUGAAGACUGUCCUGCUGCUGGCUGACCAGAUGAUCAGCCGUAUAGAAUACAUCCACUCCAAGAACUUCAUCCACAGAGAUGUGAAGCCCGAUAACUUCCUGAUGGGUCUGGGAAAGAAGGGCAACCUGGUUUACAUCAUCGACUUUGGCCUGGCCAAGAAGUACCGGGACGCCCGCACCCACCAGCACAUUCCCUACCGCGAGAACAAGAACCUGACGGGCACGGCCCGCUACGCCUCCAUUAACACCCACCUGGGCAUAGAGCAAUCUCGGCGGGAUGACCUGGAGUCUUUGGGCUAUGUGCUGAUGUAUUUUAACCUGGGCUCACUACCAUGGCAGGGUCUGAAGGCUGCCACCAAGAGACAGAAAUACGAGCGCAUCAGUGAGAAGAAAAUGUCUACUCCCAUCGAAGUGCUUUGCAAAGGCUACCCAUCUGAAUUUGCCACAUACCUCAACUUCUGCCGCUCCCUGCGCUUUGACGACAAGCCAGACUACUCAUACUUGAGGCAGCUCUUCAGGAACCUGUUCCACAGACAAGGAUUUUCCUAUGACUACGUCUUUGAUUGGAACAUGCUCAAAUUUGGUGCUAACCGAGCAGCAGAGGACGCUGAGAGAGAGAGGAGAGACCGGGAGGAGAGGCUGAGGCACGGCAGGAACCCUGGUGCCAGAGGCAUGCCCGCAGCCUCAGGCAGACCCCGCGCUACACAGGACGCAGCACCUCCCACACCCCUCACAUCAGCCUCACAUACUGCAAACACAUCGUCACCGCGGCUGGUGUCCGGCAUGGAGCGGGAGCGCAAGGUCAGCAUGCGCCUGCACCGUGGCGCUCCAGUCAACGUCUCCUCCUCAGACCUGACCGGGCGGCAAGACACCUCCCGCAUGUCCACCUCACAGAAUAGCAUUCCCUUCGAUCAUCACGGCAAGUAGCUGCUCGGCAUGUCCUUGUUUGAAGGCAGUAGCACCAAACUACGUGUCCCAGAAGCCAGAACCCAGAGUGUAGUGGUUGGCCCACCUAUACAUGGCUGAUUGAUGGCUCUUCUCUUAACACCUCAAAAGCAGAGCAGUCUCCUUCAAUCAACAAAAUGGUUCAGAUCCAACUUGACCUCUAAGGGUCUGUCUUUUGCUCUCUAUUGUCUCUUGCUCUCUGUCCAUUUACACUCUUAUUUAUACAAUAUGUGCACACAAAAGCUGACGAUUUGAAGUCACUUGUAUCCAAGGUGAUGUCAGUAUACUGGCACAGUAGAGACUGAAUCUGCCAGCCAAACUCCAGUAUUCUUUACAUUGGCGUCACAUUUAUACUAGUAGUUUCUCUAUACGUUCAACUGGUUGUUUUUGUUUUUUUACAUUGACUUUUGUGUAUUGAUUUACUGGUUUAAUUGGUUCUUUUGAUGUUUCUCUUUUUAAGAUCUUUUUUUAUUAGGUUUUCUCUUCCAUAACAGGCUCUCUAACUGUUCAGGUUGAGUUUUUUUUAUUUUACCCAUACUACCCAUUCUACUGAUAUUAUGUUUUGAUAGCCCUUCGUUUAACUGGUAAGUGAGGUAAAAUGGAUUAUUUUUACAUGAUGUUGGACAAACCACUAAGGGGCCAAAAAUCUCUCCAUUUUUCGCUUGGGAUAAAAAUCUUUCCCUGUAGCAUACAUUCAGUGGGACCUGGUGGAACUCACAUGCUUUGUUGUUGUGUGCGUUUUUGACUUGUUUUGAAUCAUUUUGGG